UGAUUUAAAUUCAAGAAACAAUAGCCUGCUCGACAAAAAUUUUGGGGCUUUUGGUGAUCCCAGUUGAUAAAUUUUCUUUUAAUUUCUGUGCAGGAUUCUGGAUGGUUGGUUUCAACCUUAUUGCUUCUUUAUUAUUGAUGAUGCUUGUCCAUGUGACUAUGAGUUAUGUAACUCUUCCACAGAAUUGGGUACCUUCACCUUUGUUCCCCAUAGAUAUCCAAAACACACAUAAGGCAAAGCAUGGAAGUGAUUCAGGGACCUAUGACACUGAAGGAAGGUUUAUUCCAGCAGAGUUUGAGAGCAUUUUCAGCAAAUAUGCUCGUACCUCGCCUGAUAAGCUUACGCCAGGGGAGCUUUGGCGCAUGACUCAGUCCAACCGCAAUGCAUUUGGUUUUUUUGGCUGGUAUCUGUUGUUCUCUUUAUCUUUCUCUUUGUCUUGCACACCAAGGACGCCUUCGGUAUCCAGGGGUCACGGACCGACUAUAGAACCCUGUCCAAUAAGUGGAUUGCAUUAGCUAUCCACUCUCAAAUUGGACAGUUAAGAGUCGAAGAAGGGUAAUUACUCAUUCUUAAAACCGACAGUUAGAGAAGGAACAAUCAUUCAUUCUUAAAACCAGCAUUUUUAAGACUAAAGAGUCGGGACGGCCUUACACAUGCAUAUCUUGCCAUGGAUGAAGAGGGUUACUUAUCAAAAGAUGCUGUACGGCAUUUCUUUAAGCCAAAAUUAGACAAUUAAACUCAGUUGAGUAUCCAGAAUUUUUGACAAAUUUUUUUAUUAUCUUAUCACAUGCCAACAAUGAAGGAAUGAAAACGACUUGGUUAGAAAAAUAUGACAAGGAAGAAUUGUUGGCUUUGCGUACAACAUCUAAACACACUUUUAAACUUAUCUUAUUGAAUAGUCAACAAUAAACUAAGAUAAGAUUUGUCUAUUUUGUAAUCUUAA